CAAUCGCUGCGCCUUCAAUUCGUGUACAGAUUUGUUACUUUCUGUUAAGAGCGCGCGACUGGUUUGCCGUGACGUUGCGAGUUCAUCGAUUUCCUAACACGAUACCCCGCUGUGCAUCUGUGCAACACACGACACUACAACAAUGAAGUUGAACACCGUUGCUGCUAGCUUGGCCACGGCCUCCUUGGUGGCUGCUCAGCACCACCACCAGCACCGCCACCACCAUAAGCGCAACCCUGAGUCCGAGGUUGUCACCGUUGCUGGUCCUACUGUGGUCACUUACGUUCUCGACGGCAAGACUAUCACUCUCGAGGAUGUCUGCAAGGGUAUCGCCGACAAGACCUUGACCUGGGCCUCUGGUCAGGACGUUCCUGAUGUCUGCAACGGCGCUAGCAGCUCUUCGACUACCGCUGCCUCGACUUCCACUUCCACCACUGCGGCUCCUGCUCUCAGCUCCGUUGCCGAGUUCGUUGAAGUCGCUGUCGCCAAGGCUACUUCCUCCAGCAGCUCUUGGAGCUCCAGCAGCAGCGCUCACUCUUCCACCGCCGCUGCUUCCAGCUCCGCUUCUUCCAGCUCGGCUAGCAGCUCUAGCUCUUCCACCGCCACCGGCUUGGAUGCGGACUUCCCUGAUGGAGAAUUGGACUGCGAUACCUUCCCCUCCGACUACGGUGCUAUCGCCCUCGAUUACCUUGGACUUGGCGGCUGGUCCGGUAUCCAGUACGUGACGGUCUCCGGCAGCGUCGUGACUGAGAUCACCACUGGUGUCUCCGGUGAUAGCUGUACCAGCGGCGCCAUGUGCUCUUACGCCUGCCCCGCGGGUUAUCAGAAGUCCCAGUGGCCCAGCACCCAGGGAUCUACCGGACAGUCCGUUGGUGGUGUCCAGUGCAAGAACGGCAAGCUCUACCUUACCAACACUUCCUUGUCCAAGAAGCUUUGCAUUGAGGGUACUGGCGGUGUCCACGUUCAGAACACGCUCGGUGAGAGUGUUGCUGUUUGCCGUACUGAUUAUCCUGGUACCGAGUCCGAAACCAUUCCUCUUCACCUUGGCGACAACACCCUCCAGCCCCUGACUUGCCCUGACGGCGAGACCUACUACAAGUGGGAGGGCAAGGUCACCUCUGCUCAGUACUACGUCAACCCCAAGGGUGUUUCCACCGAGAAGGGCUGCCAGUGGGGUAACGGCUCCGAGGCCAUCGGCAACUGGGCCCCUAUCAACCUUGGUGUCGGUGUCAACGACGGCAAGUGGCUGUCCAUCUUCCAGAACAGCCCUACCACUACCGAGAAGCUCGACUACAAUGUCAAGAUUGAGGGUGACAACCUGAGCGGUUCUUGCAAGUAUGAGGAUGGUGUUUUCUAUUCCGAGUCUGGCACCAACGACUCCGGCUGCACUGUGAGUGUUCCCCAGCCCUUGCUUUGGUUCCUUUCUCCUUGGAGGUCCCUGGCCUGAUUGCUAAUGUUAAAUCUGCCCGCAGGUCGAGGUCGUCUCUGGCUCCGCCACCUAUGUCUUUUACUAAAGUGGAUAAUUCUCCGUGGUAGCCUCUGUCGCCAAGUGCCGGCUUCGGCUUGCCACGACCUUUUCGUACUCCGACAAAGGCACAAUUGCAAAUAGAAGACCUUUUUUUCAUGCCUCUGUUCCGCCCUUGAUCAUGAUUCACCGUUCAGUGUGCUUGCUUUCUUCGUGUAUCUUAGUAUCUCAUACUUAUGUGACGUGGGAAAGCU